UUAUCAGCUACAAAAACUUGGCAUCGAAUGAUGACACUGUAACCCAACGAAGUUAAAUCGUACAUACCUAACCUUACCUACCUCUUACCGCAGGUACAAAUUUCACAACAAUGGCAUGAUACCAUUUUUAAAUACCGGCGGCAGCAAAUCUUCUUUUCUUCUUCCACGUAUUUUACACCCCUUUUCCCUUUCGCUGCCAUCGCAAGCAUCGCAGCGAAGAUGGAGGCCCUCAAGCAGCUGCUCGAGUACCUCUUGACCCCCUCGACGGAGAUCUUCAUCGUCGGCGCACUCAUAGUCUUCAUCUUACCGGCAAUCGUACACUUCUACAUCGUCCAAACCACGCCCUAUACUUCUCUCCCGUCCAUUCUGCUCGCAGGGCCUCCCGCCGCCGGCAAGACCUCUCUCCUCACUCUCCUUGAGCGUGGCGAUGCCGCCGCCGCCACCCACACCUCCCAGGUCCCCCAAUCCGUCGAGCUCACCGUAUCCGACGACCACGGCGCCAGUACCUUCCGAGAGGCCGCGCGCAUCGAUGCCCCGGGGUCCCACCGCAAGUUUUUGCUCGUCGAUACCCCCGGGCACGGAAAGCUGCGGAACCAGCAUGCCAUGACCCACAUCGCUUCCAACACGCUGCGUGGCAUCGUGUACGUGGUUGACGCCGCCAGCCUGGACGACGGCUUGGCGGACGCCGCAUCUUUCCUGUACGAUGUGCUCCUGGCGCUCCAGAAACGCACCGGCGCCGGGAAAACCUCGAAGGCGCCUACCGCCAUCCACGUUCUCGUCGCUGCCAACAAGCUAGACCUAUUCACAGCCCUACCCGCCUCCCUUGUCAAGAGCAAUCUCGAGGCCGAGCUCGGCCGGAUAAGACGGUCUCGAAGCAAAGGGUUGCUAGAUUCGGGGGUUGGCGUGGACGACAUCGGAUCCGAGGAGCAGGACGAUUGGCUGGGCCAAUACGGCUCUGAGAAGUUUUCGUUCGGUCAGAUGAGGGAGUUCGAUAUCGAAGUCGACGUGAUCGGCGGAAGUGUCCUUGACGGCAAGGUAGACAAGUGGUGGGACUGGAUAUCAGAAAAAAUCUAAACCUUACCUUAAUAUGUAAUAAUUCUAGCCUCGGUGGGAGCAGCAAUAUUAUCGGUGCUUGGCGGUUUGCUUGGUCACGUCCUUAUUUCCGUGGUGUCUCAUCACAUAACGAUACCAUUGCGGAGGCUUAGCUUUAAUAUCUACUAGAGUGUUCGUAUAUGAGAAUACUCCUUGCUAGUUGAGACUCAGGGCUAUAAGCCGAAUUUGCAUCCCAUCACCCUCAGCUACACGUCCUGGUUUUACUAGGUAUUGGUUUUAAAUAACCUCCUAAUUAUAUCCUAGGUACCUACCUACCUAAGAGAAUAGCUUU